AUGGUCGAAACAAUCAAAAUCCAAACAACAACAAUACCAAUAACAAAAACAAGCACAACCAUACUCAUUCUCCUCAUCCUACUUCUUCUUCCUCUUCCUCUGCCUAUUCUUCUCCUUCGUCACCUUCUUCUCCAUCUCCUUCCCGUCGCCCCACUCGUUGUCACCAGACUGGCAGGGUGAGCCCGCUCACUCUGGCAGCCUGGAAUACUCGUUUCCUUUUAGACAAUCCGAGGAGCAACCGACCGGAACGGAGGACGACGCUAGUGGCACGAGAACUGGCGCGCUACAAGGUGGACAUCGCCGCAUUCAGCGAGACCCGAUUCUCCGAACAAGGCCAACUGGAGGAGGCAGGUGCCGGCUACACCUUCUUCUGGAGCGGUCGACCCAGGGCAGAGCGACGAGACGCGGGCGUCGCCUUCGCCAUUCGGAACGACAUCGUGGGACGACUGCCCUGUUUGCCGCAGGGCAUCAACGAUCGCCUGAUGAGCCUCCACCUGCCUCUCUGGGGAGGCAAAUUCGCCACCAUCAUCAGCGCUACGCUCCGACGAUGACCAACCCCGACGCCGUCAGAGACAAAUUCUACGAGGACCUGCACGCCCUCUUGGCGACUGUGUCGAAGGCGGACAAGUUGAUUGUCCUUGGUGACUUCAACGCCCGCGUCGGCACAGACCAUACUGCCUGAAGAGGAGUGCUGGGUCCCCACAGUCUCCGCGGCUCAAACCACAAUGGCCUGCUGCUUCUCCGCACCUGCGCAGAACACCGCCUCACCCUGACGAAUACCUUCUUCUGUCUGCCGGAGCGAGAGAAGGCCACCUGGAGGCAUCCUCGGUCGCGUCAGUGGCACCUGCUGGACUAUGUCCUCGUCCGGAGGCGAGAUCAGCGGGACGUGCUGGUGACGAAGGCGAUCGCGGGUGCUGACGGGUGGACCGACCAUCGCCUCGUCAUCUCGAAGAUGCCUAUUCGCGUAGAGCCUCGCAGGAGACCACAAGGUAAGCGACCCCCAGGUAAGCUAAAUGUUGCCUUAUUAUCUUUGCCCGCUCACCAUCUUCAUUUCAGCAAUGAGCUAGCUCAAUGGCUAGACAACCUCCCCAUCGCCGAUGCCGCCGCUGCCGAGAACGCCUCCGUGGAGAACCGCUGGUGUCAACUGCGAGACACGGUCCAUUCGACGGCGCUCGCCGUCCUCGGUCGCGCUCCCCGCCAACACCAGGACUGGUUCGACGACAACGACGCCGCCAUCAGAAAUCUGCUAGCUGCGAAGAACCGCCUACACAAAGUCUACGUAGAUCACCCCACUGAUGCCACCAAAGCUGCCUUCUACCGCAGCCGCCGCCAACUUCAGCAACGACUGCGCGAGAUGCAGGACGCCUGGACCAUUCGCAAAGCUGACGAGAUCCAAGGGUACGCGGACCGCAACGAAUGGAAGAAUUUCUUCUCUGCGAUCAAAGCUGUCUACGGUCCGACGACGAAGGGCACUGCUCCCCUCCUCAGCGCCGACGGCAGAACUCUCCUGACUGAGAAGACGCAAAUCCUGCAGCGAUGGGCCGAGCACUUCCGAGGCGUCCUCAACCGCCCCUCCGUCAUCUCCGACGCCGCCAUCAAGCGUUUGCCGCAAGCGGAGACCAACGUGGACCUCGACCUCCCACCAUCUCUCCAGGAGACCAUCAGGGCCGUGCAGCAGCUCUCCAGCGGGAAAGCACCCGGAUCGGACGCAAUCCCUGCUGAGGUCUACAAGCACGGAGGUCCCCAACUGAUGGAUCACCUGACUGCACUCUUCCAAGAGAUGUGGCGUCAAGGUGAAGUCCCGCAAGAUUUCAAACACGCAACCAUCGUGCAUCUCUACAAGCGCAAAGGGAAUCGCCAAGUCUGCGACAAUCACCGCAGCAUCUCCCUGCUGAACAUCGCCGGGAAGAUCUUCGCCCACAUCCUUCUCAACCGCCUCAAUAACCAUCUGGAACAGGGCCUUCUGCCGGAAAGUCAAUGCGGCUUCCGUCGUCAUCGUGGGACCGCGGAUAAGAUCUUCGCCGUCCGUCAACUUCAGGAGAAGUGUCAGUAG